AUGACCAUGGAAGGGGCAAACCUUACCUGGGUCUCUGAGUUCCUGCUCCUGGGCCUCUCAGAGGACCCCAAACAACAGCAGCUUCUGUUUAUACUCUUCCUGAGCGUGUACCUGGUCACAGGGCUGGGGAACCUGCUCAUCGUCCUGGUCAUCACCAGCGACAUCCGACUCCACACUCCCAUGUACUUCUUCCUGGCCAACCUGGCCUUCGUGGACAUUUGCUUCACCUCCACCACCAUCCCCAAGAUGCCGGCCAACCACGUGUCAGGACACAAAGGGAUCCCUUCUGCAGGCUGCCUGACCCAGAUCUUCUUCUUCAUCUGGUUUGCUGGCAUCGACAGCUUCCUGCUGACUGCCAUGGCCUACGAUCGCUAUGCAGCCAUAUGUCACCCUCUGCACUAUGCCACAUCUGUAACACCGCAGCUCUGUGGCCUCCUGGUGGCGGCAUCCUGGACUGCAGACUUCGGGAAUGCCUUGACUCACACAGUAUUACUGACCCGCCUCUCAUUCUGCUCCCACAACCGGGUCCCCCAUUUCUUCUGUGACCUCAGCCCUCUGCUGAAGCUGGCCUGCUCCGACAUCUUUCUCAACAAUGCAAUGGUGUACACUGUGGGUGCCCUUUCUGUCAUCGCCCCCUUCGUGGGCAUCUUGGUCUCCUACACACACAUCUUUGCUGCUGUGCUGAGGAUCCCAUCCACGAGAGGCAAGUGGAAGGCUUUCUCCACCUGUGGCUCUCAUCUCUGUGUGGUGUCUCUGUUCUACGGGACGCUCAUUGGGGUUUAUUUCAGCCCCACGUCCUCCCACACGGCCCAGAAGGACACAGCUGCUGCGGUCAUGUACAGUGUGGUCACUCCCAUGCUGAACCCCUUCAUCUACAGCCUACGCAACAACGACAUGAAGAGCGCCUUGGGGGCCCUCAUCAGCAAGAGGCCAGUUUUUAUUCAGUGA